AAAGCUCUGUGCAAGUGAUACAUAGCUGCACAUACAGUAUGCUAACAUGUCUCCACUAUCCAGAAUGAAUGCAUUUCUGAUCUGCUUCAUAUUUUGUUUUGGGACCAUACAACUUAAACCUUUAUCACAAGAAGAAUAUCCACCAUCAUGGGAAUCAGCUACAAAUAAAUUAGAUGAUUUUAGCAUUAACAAUGAUACAGUCCUCAUAAAUCCAUGGAAUUACCCACAGAGAUUAAGUAUGUACAAAAUAUUACUUAAUACCACUGCAAGAUAUGUUCCUAUCAAGGAUACUGACAAUAAAAAUAAUAUUUUAUGGGGGCUGCCUUUACAGUUAGGCUGGCAGUUUCGCACAGGAAGGUUAGCGGAUAACUCUCGUGACCAGAAAAACAGAGAUGAAACACACAUUUCUGAUAGAAGCUGGUGGGCUUGUAUGAAUUAUUACUUAUCUGUUAUUCCAUUUCUUGGAGCUGCUGAUGCAGAAUUAUUUAAAGAUUUCCCAUAUGAAAUAGAGAUAUCUCACCCAACGGAAUUUGAGUCGGAUUUUUGUUACAACAUUACUGACUGCCAUUCAUCUUCUUCGGAAGCAAUGAAGAAAUGGAAAACCUUUUUUGAGUUUUUAAAGACACCAAGCCCUGUAUCUGACACAUUGAAAGAAGAUGAUUUAUUAUUUUACAUGUGGAAAGCACAUAUUGAAUCUCUUGGCACAGCUCUUCCACGGUGCUCUAAAAGGUUAAAGUAUUUAUCAAAACCGGAAGGAGACUUUGGAAAGGACUGGUCAAAUGCAGUUGACUUCAUUGCCGCCACUCACUUCCCCACUAACUUCGAGAGCACUAAUAAAUUUCAAAUUUUCCUUCCAAGUCGAUUCCUAGUUGAAGGAGACGUAGCCCCAGGCAUUUCUGAUUUCAGUGAACAGGAAAACAGAGUCUUAUCAAUGUUACAUAAGAUCAAUACAAUGAAUACAUUCACUGGUGGCGUUUUGCUUCGUAUGUGGCAAACAGCUAUGUGCUCUGAAACUGGCAGAGCUGAAGGUCGAAAUCUUCUUCAAAACAUGGUUACAGACCCAACCUUUUUGCCACAAAACAUUAUGACUAUUAUUAAAGAGCUUCUCAAGAACCCAUCAUGUACAAUAUAGAAUAUUUUCCUUAAAGGGAGGAAAUAAACAUACAUACUGGAAAUUACAUGUUUGCAUUUAAAAUAAUAAAAUAUUUGUGAAAGUCAAAUUUUAUUGUAAAGAACCUAUUUGACUCAGAAAUGUUAUGGUAAAAUGGUUGCAAUUACAUUUCCAAUUAGUAGCUCUUGUUUAGCUCAUUCCCUCCUCAUUAAGGAAUGACUAGCUAAAAUAUAAAUGAGGUCUGUUUAAAUUAUUUCUCUAAGCAAUUUGAAAAGGAAAGAUUAAUUUGAAGCUAAAGAAUUACUAGUCUGAAGCUAUUCUGGCUCAUAUUUAUAACAAAGAGCGAUAAUCUGAAAAAGUAACCUACGGUCUGGCAAAUUUGCCUCUUAUCUCAAUAAACUCUAAAUAUGUUCAUAGAUCAAAAUACUUUAAACUCACCUCAGUAAACUCAGAUAACAACAAAAUCGCCAAUAUUAAUAGUUAUUCAUAUUAAUACAAAUCAAUUGAUUUAGCUUCCAAUGGAUAAAGCAAAUAAAACUGACCAAAGUCUAUCGCCCUAAAAGUAAUUAAAAUCUUUACAGCGCAUCUUUAAAGAAACCAUUACUUAUUUUACAGAAACAGGUCAAUUUCAUGCUCCAUGUAUACGUCCAAGACACUCGAUUUGUCAAGCUCUUUAAUUCUAUUUCUACUGCUUUAAAAUAAAUAAGUUCUGCUAUUUUCUUUUAAAUAAAAAAAAAAAUCAAAUAAAUGGGAGUUUCUAGACCAGUUUGAUUAAAUGUGAUUUUGACCUUUUAAUUUCUCAAGACGGCUUUCAAUUACAUGGCGUCGUAUAAUGGGUACAUUUUUAAUAUUGUGUCAUUAUUUAACAAUUUUCAAAGGAAAUAAAGUAAUGAUCUUUAAAAAUU